AUGCCUAGAAUGAAAAAGACCCCAAUAUUCCUGCUGAACCAUGCACGGAUUAUUGACAGACCUCCUCUUCGACGUCCUUCAUCGGAACCAUCUCAUAGUCUCCGCCGCCGUCACGAUUACGGCCUCGCCCCCGACCACGGGAGAUCCCUGGGAGUUGUUGCUGGCCGCUCUCAGGGUCGUUCACGUCGGGGUUUGGCCGAGAAGAUGGCGUCAGCAGAUAUCCAAACAACGAGGAAUUUAAAGAGAUGGAUGGCCGGAGGCGAAUGUGAAAAUGGAAGAGGCGUAAACAGAUCCAGUGCGGAGGCUGUCCCAGCUAAAGAUCAGGUCCACCGAGAAUACUGUUCCAGCCACAAGGGUGGUGAAGAGGAUGAGCACGGUCGCACAGACAUAGUAGAGGAGCUGAAGCAGGACAAUCUUCCUGACGAUCUUCAGAGGCGGAAGAUCUGUCAGAGCCCCGGGACGAGGAGGGCGCCGCCGCGGGGGCAUGAACCAGAAUGA